AAGAAAGUGUUUCCAAAUUAUUACAUUUUUACGAUUAAACAUUUAAUAACCACUUGUUACUUAGUACAUACUUAUUAAAAUACUUAAAUAUGGAAGCGUUAAACAAUGAUCACAUCAUGUUAAUAUUAAAUAAAAUGAAAUCUAGUGUAAAUGAAACUUACCAUCAGAAAUGGACAGCCGAAGCAGGAUCAGAAUGUUACAAACAGGACAUUGUGAAGUUAGAUUUUAAAAUAGAGUAUUUAAAGAACGACAUUGCACGAAUUGAAGAAGAUAUAAAAGAAAUUACACCUCAGAUUGAGAUGUUGGAGGACCAAUAUAAGAUAUUAAUGGAUACUUAUUUUAUAAGUCAAGAAUCAUUAAUUUUUCAAAAAUCACAUAUAGAAUGUAUAACUGAAAAAGCAAAAAUGCGUAAAGAAGAAUGUGAUACUAUUUUAAGAAAGUAUACGGAACAGUUAGAAAGUCGCACAAAACAUUUAGAAGAAACAAAUCCAACUUUUAAAGUCUUAAGGGAAUUACAAGUAGAACUAAGGAAAGAACAAUUUAAUAUUAAAAUGUUGAAAUUUAAACGAAAACAACAAACAUGGAUUGAAGAAACAAAAUCUAAAAUAAAACAAAAGUUGUACUAUCAAGAUUUUAUUCUGUUCGCCAAAGCAUGGCUGGAAAAGAAAAAUUAUGAUGAAUCUAUAAAACGCUUGCAAGAGCUGAGUAUAAGAGAGAAGGAAUUAAUGAAGAAGUUGCUGAAAUUCAAUGAAGAAUUUAAAGAAAAACAAAAAUAUAGAAAUGCCAGAAAAGUCGAUCAAAGAAAUGAGGAAUCACAAGUUGCCCUAGAAAAGUUAAUAACUGAGACAUCAUUAAAACCCAAAAAUGAUAACGAUUUUUCAAAAAGAUCAUUGGAAAAUCUAAACAAUCUGUUUUUGAAACCAAAUUAUGUUGGCAGUUUACCUCCAGCUAAACAAAUCCAGAAUGUAUCUAAGCUUAAUAUUUUGGAAAACAAAGUAAUUAGACCGCGCAAUGUUGAAACUACAUUGGGAAAUGAAAAUAAGAAUAAAGAAGAAAAAAGAAAGGCGUUAAGUAAAAAAUUACAACAAGUCGUACAUAAUGUACAACAUAUGAAAGAUAGACAGGCUUCCUUUAAAGAAAAUAAGCUAAAAAAAUAUUCCAGUUCAAAACAAAGUUUUAAAGCUGAUGGAAAAAAUGAAGAGAGUGGAAACAAUAAUGCUAGAAGUAAACUUGUUCCUUCUGUUCCAAUCGGUGCAAUUCAAAACGUUAACAGAGAUAUAAAACCGUCUCAAGAAUUGGAAACAACUAAAAAUUUAACCCAAGACCAUGACGCAAUGAAUUUGCUAUCGCAAGAAUCUGGUUGCAAUGUUCAAACAAAAUUAAGGGAGUUUAGAUAUGAUCCGGAUAUAUCCCAGCAAAGAUUGAAUACUAAUCAACAGAAGCGAUUUACAGAGCGCAACCUUACAGGUAUUACUGAGAAUACAUAUAACAAGAAUGAACAGCAUCAAUAUUUUUCUGGUAUAGGAACCGAUGGAGGCAAUUAUAGGACAACAGAAAUGAAGUUAGGUCAUCAAUUUGAAAAAUACCAACCGUUUAUGGCAGAUAAUAACAAGAGUGAAUAUUUUUCAAGAAAUAAUAUAAGAGACAUCGACAAUAAUCGGUUUGAUCCAAACUUGCCUUCUUCUUCACAAGUUCCACCUCAAGGAACACAUAAAACUCCCGAUAACGAAAAAUCUUCAAUUUUUGAAAAUAAAUUUGGAAUUCAACCGGAUAAAAUUACUCAAAACUCUUCAAAUAUCAACAACAGCACUUUGUUUAGUUCUAACACCAAUAAAGGUAAUAUCAUUGAAGGAGAUAAACACGAAUUCCAUAUGCCGUUUUCUAUGGCGCAAUCAGACAUGACUUCUAACAAACAGCAGUAUCAUUUUGAGGAAAAUAAGAAUAAUACUCGAAAUACUCCUUUCAAGAAACAAAAAUUGGAUGACUACCCAAACGUUGCCGAUAACUCUUUACUUAAUAUGUCGUUGGAUAUGAAAAAUUAUGGAGCAGAAUUUUCUCAACAAAACAGGGACGAUAGUAAAAUGUUAGAAUUAAAUGGGAGUCAAUAUAAUUUUGCAAAUAUUACAGGAUUUAUGCCAAGUCCCGCGGAUGAUUUCCCAAUGAGUCCAGAAUUCAAUACGAGUGUGUUGCAAGAGCAUAAUCAAAAAGGAUCUGAAAUGCCUUUCAGCGAACAAGGAUUUGCCUUUUCUCAACUGAAUAAUACUUUUGGAUUUAAGUUUUAAUAGGGACUACUUGUUUAUUUUAUUUACGUGCAAUAUACUUCCUUUAUCAAAAUAAAACAUUAUUGUUAUAAUUAUAG